AUGGAAAAUUCAAUGACCACCAAUGGCGAAGUGGAGACGAUAGAGAAGUUCCUCGACUCCGAUGAAGCUAAAAUAUCUAAACUGGUUAACAAAAUCGAAGGUCUUGAAAGCGAGAAGAUAAAAUUGACUAAUGAAAACAAAGAUAUGAUGGAGCAGAUGAAAAAAUUGAAUCAUGAAAUGGAUCAUCUGCAAAAAAGGGAUGAAGAAAUGAGAUUAGAAAUGGAUGAGUGGGAUGAAGAUUCAAGUUUCCUGGAAUCGAUUGCAGCGAGAUCGGCUAACUUAGAAACUGAAGUCACGAGGCUUCAACAUGAUCUGAGAACAUCGACGCGUGAAGUAGGUGAAGCGAAGAAAGAGGUGAUUGAGUUAAAGAAAGCACUGGAGGAGAAAGCAUUGGUGAUCGAAAGACUGCGCCACGAAAUCGCUGAGUUGAGAAAAGAGAAAGUUAAGAGUGAGAAGAAAGGGAGGGAGCUGGAAACAAAAAUAGGGAUUUUAGAAGUGAGAGUAACGGAGGAAAGGGGAAAGAAAUCUAGGGUCCAAGAGGAAAUGAAGGAAAGGAUCGAUGAGCUUAAGAAGAAAAUUGAAGAUCUCGAAGCCGAUGUAGCUAAAUUGAGCAUUGAAUUGAAAAGAAGGAAGGAAGAAAAACGACAAUGUGAGGAGAAGGCAAUGGGGUUGGAAUUCAACAUGUUGGCCUUAAAGGAUAUGGUGGACGAGAAGACAAACGAAGCUAAAAGUGGCAAGGUUAAGGAUAUUGGCUGCACAGAUAAAAGGUUGGAGGUUCCGAUUGCGACAGUCGGAACAGUUGCUGCCAUUGCUGUGGUGGUUGCUGUGGUAUAUCGUUGCUGUAGGAAGCGGUCGUGA